CGAUACUCCAGGUCUUCAUCAGUGGUUGGAUAAUAAAAAAUAUUUGUCGCACGAUAUUAUCAAUGAAUUGGCCAAAGAAAUGGCACUGAUUAUUUUAAGAAGUAUAUGUGUUGAGAGACCAUUUUUUGCUCUUAUUUGUGAUGAAUCAACUGAUGAAUCUGGUAAAACACAGCUGAGCAUUUCAAUUCGAUCGGUAGAUGAGUGUUUUGGUAUACACGAAGAUUGUCUUGGUCUUUAUGAACUAGAAUCUCAAAAUGCUGAACAUAUCACAACGGUUAUUCUUGAUGUUCUUCUUCGCUGCAAUUUGAGUCUUGAUGCUUGUCGUGGACAAGGAUAUGAUGGUGCUGCAACGAUGAGUGGCAUUCAUGAUGGUGUAGCAGCUAAUAUACUUCGGAAACAAAAGAAAGCAUAUUUUGUGCAUUGUAACGUACAUAGCCUUGAUUUGGCUUUACAAGAUCUGGCAAAGGAGUCAAUUGCUAUCAAUGUAGCUAUCAAUAUUACGAAGGACAUAGUAAAUUUUGUUCGAAGAUCGCCAAAGCGUUUAAACAUUGCUGAGAAACUCUCUUAUGAUUUGUCUAUUAGUUCCUCUCAACUGAAGCCUUUGUGUCCAACUCGUUGGACUGUUAGAGCAUCAUCAAUGAACUCACUACUGACUAAUUAUCAGCUUGUCAAAUCUGUGAUGCAAGAAGUGGUUGAUCAAAAAGGUGCAUCGGGUAUUACAGCUGCUGGUUGGUUGAAUCAAAUGCAAAAUUUCCAAACAUUUUUUGGUCUUAAAUUAGGUAAAGUUUCUUGA